AUGUCUGGAAUAAGAAUUUGUGUAAUUGGUGCAGGACCGUCCGGAAUGUCGACACUACAUCAUUUUGCCAGGAUGAAGAAUAUGCCGGAGCUCCAGAUUUAUUGGUUUGAACUUCAUGCAGGUUUAGACGAGAAUGGGGAACCGGUGCAUUCGAGUAUGUAUAAAUAUAUGUGGUGUAACGGAAUGAAAGAGGCCUACGAAUAUCCAGACUACACUUUCGAGCAGCACUUUGGUCAACCGACCCCUUCUUUUCCUUCACGUGUUGUGAUGAGGGAUUAUCUAGAAGGUCGCUUUACAAGAGGUGCACCAGGCGGUCGUGACUUCAAGGCUUACAUACGAUUCAAUACCGCUGUCCGUUUUGUGAAGUACCACGACGACAAACAGGAAUUUACUGUUACUGUAAAUGAUUACAACACAGGUGAAACUAAAGAAGAAAUCUUUUCACACGUAAUUGUUGCAAAUGGCAUAUACAGCGCACCAAACCUUCCAGAUUUUCCUGGCUUGAAUGAUUUUCAAGGUCGUAUUUUGCAUUCGCACGACUUUCGUGAUGCUCGAGAAUUCUCUCAGAAAAAAGUUCUGAUUGUCGGGGCUGGUUAUAGCGGUGAAGAUAUUGUUUUGCACUGCAUUAAAUUCGAUGCAAAAAGAGUGAUUCUUUCACAUAGAACACGUCCUAAAGGCGAAACAUGUAUAAUGCCUGAUAGUGUUGAGGAAAAACCUUUGGUGGAACGCUUUGAUUCUUCCAAAGCUUAUUUCAAGGAUGGCACGUCUGCCGACAUUGAUGCUGUCAUUUUAACAACUGGCUACAGAAAUUAUUUCCCUUUCCUGGAAGACAGAUUUCGGAUAGCAGAGGAGACUCACGUCUAUCCAAAGGGGCUUUACAAGGGAGCCUUAUUCUUAGGUCAAGGAAAUAAUCGGCUGUUAUACGUAGGUGUUCUGGAACAGUUCAAUACUCUCAAUUACCUAGAAGUUAUUGCAAACUGGGCUUGCAAGUUUAUCAUGGGUGAGCUUGAAGGUGAACCGAGGGAUUCAAAACAUAUGCAGGCAGAUGCAGACGAAUGGCAUAGUAAGGCUAACGCCUGUGCCUCGGAAUCAGAUGUAGUUAAAUUUCAAACCGCUUUGAUAAGUCACUUAGCAGAACUUGGUGGAUAUAAUCCAACAGUUGCAAAGAAUACAGAAACCAUUAUGGAAUGGAUAAGAGUAAGAAAAGAAAGUUUGGGGCUGGCAAAUUACAGAGAUAAUUGUUAUAGAAGCAUGUAUACUGGGAAGGUUUCGCCAAAACAAAAACCGUUCAUGCAAAAUUAUGACGAAAGCAUCGAAGCAUAUCUGAAAUGUGAAUAAAAUAAACUCAUAGAAAAAAAACUAUUUUGAUUAAGUUAUUUUCAAUACUUAUUUAAAAAAUAAGCCUAAAUUGAUUUUACUGCCCAUUUGGCUUGCUUUUGGGAAUGUUUACUUUUUAUGUUACCAGAUGAAGCAGUAUUGUUAUCUUUAUCAUU